ACAUUCACCAUCGCGUAGUUCAUGCGCCACCGCUACGAAAUUGUACAGUGGAAGCCGCUCUAUAAGCGUCAGAAAUCUCUGAAUGUGUCGGCUAUACCCAUGUUGGAUUUUUAAUUAUUUAUUUAAAAAAGAAAGAUAAACUAACGAAACAUUUUAAUCUCAGUGCAAACGGGUGGAGACCCAGUACACAGGAUAAAAUCAGUUCUUUUUGGGAGAAGAAAUGACCUGCGGACUAUCUUCAUACGAAUAUACUGCGCUGAUCAAAUACCUGUUUUUAAUUUAGGUAACCUUUGCUUAUAGGCAAUAUCAUCAGUUGUUGAUUCAAACUGCAAGUAUUUUUGCACAAUAACAAAUAAAUAACAAUCCUGUUUUGUCAUUGAAUGAUGAUACAUUUUCAGGUGAUGAGAGUAUUGAGAGAUUUGUUUACUGAAGACAAUUAUCAUAAAAACUAAUUGUGGAUUAUUUAAACCAAUGACAGUCUGAUCACAAUGAAUCGAACAUCCUGUUUGGUGCUCCAGAAAUUUGCUGCAUUACCUUGGGGUUCGGUCUUUCGAAAAUAUGCGAGACGACCAACAAUUAGACUUUUCUCCACCCAAGAAAAUGCAGAACAGGAAAUUUGUAACAUAGGAACAAUUGGUCAUGUUGAUCAUGGAAAAACAACAUUAACAGCGGCAAUAACAAAAGUACUGUCUGAAGAAUUUAAUAAUUGCAAAUAUGUGCCGUUUGAUGAGAUUGAUAAAGCUCCAGAAGAGAAAGCCAGAGGCAUUACGAUAAAUAUUGCUCACGUUGGUUAUUCAACGAAAUUGAGAAGAUAUGCACAUACAGACUGCCCAGGUCAUGCUGAUUUUAUAAAAAACAUGAUUAGUGGAGCAUCGCAAAUGGAUGGGGCAAUUUUGGUGGUUGCGUCUGAUGAUGGAACCAUGCCACAGACUCGUGAACAUCUUUAUCUAGCCAAACAAUUGGGUGUUAAUCACAUUGUUGUGUUUAUCAACAAGGCGGACCUGGUGGAUGAGGAGUUACUAGAUCUUGUGGAAAUUGAAGUCAGAGAGCUGUUAAGCAAUAUAGGUUUUGAUGGAUGUACCACACCAGUCGUCAGGGGCUCAGCAUUAGCAGCAUUGAACAGUGAAAAGUCCCAUUAUGGUGUCGAUUCAAUCAAGAGGCUGAUGGAUGCUGUUGAUAGUUAUGUGGCUACUCCAGUCAGAGAUUACAAAUCACCUUUUCUGUUACCCAUUGACAAUAUUUUCAGUGUGCCGGGAAGAGGAUCAGUGGUUGUUGGAACUCUCAAAAGAGGAAUCAUGAAGAAAAAUGAUAGUGCUGAUUUACUCGGCUUUGAUAAUGAUACAAAAACAAGUAUUUCAGAUAUUCAGAUUUUUAAGAAGAGCGUACCUCAAGCCGUAGCAGGAGAGAACAUAGGAGUUUUAUUGAGAGGCAUUAAGUGCCAAAAUGUCUGUCGGGGAAUGAUACUCUCUCAGAAAAAUUCUCUCACCACCAGUAACCAUUUUGAAGCACUGCUAUAUCUACUAGAUGUAUCUGAGGGUGGAAGACAUCGACCGCUUCCGGCCAACGGGCAUUGCACCCCAAUUUACAGUGGAACGUGGACAGUGCAGUGCAGAUUUGACAUGAAAUUAGAUGGCGAAACUAAGAUGCUGAUGCCAGGUGAACAAUGUAAAACAAAUUUGACUCUAGUGAAGAAAAUGCCGAUCAUAGAGGGCCAGUCUUUCACGAUUCGUGAAAAUCGGAGUACAGUGGCCACUGGAAUCAUUACAAAAACACUGAAAUCCCUUCACAUUGAUAAGAAAAAAUUAAAUCUUGUUGUUGUACCUGGUAUGGAGCAAACGAAUAAAUAAAAAUUUAUAAAGUAA